CUCGGUCUCACUCUCCCAGGCUGCCGGGCCAGAGCGGUUUGUAGACUUCCGGUUGCCUAGCCCUAGAAUUCUGAGGCUCCCUCCGGAUGAGAAUUGAGCUGUCCGUACUGCCAGGAAACUCGGGGUUACAGCACCGAGGGGGUCCAUGGCUCGAGAUAUAAGUCCUGAUCUUCGAACUAAAUAGAAAGUUCCAAGAAGGAAUGAAGGAUGAAGCUCUACAUAUAGUAGCUGCUCAAUAAACCUUUACCAACGAUUAAAAGGAAUUCCAUGAAGGCACCACUAGCUGAAAUAAUGGUGUUUGAUUUCACGGAGUAAAUUCUUAUUGAGAAGAAACCUACAGAUAUCCAAAAAUGAUUGAGAUUGAACAGGCAGAGGCCCAGCUCUCUGAGUUAGACCUGCUAGCCAGUAUGUUCCCCGGUGUGAAUGAGCUCAUAGUGAAUGACCAGCUGGCUUUAGCAGAACUAAAAGAUUGUAUUGAAAAGAGGACAAUGGAAGGACGAUCUUCAAAAGUUUACUUUACUAUCACUAUGAACCUGGACAUAUCUGAGGAAGCAAUGGUGAUGUUUUCUCUGGCCUGUGUUCUUCCCUUUAAAUACCCUGCAGUUCUGCCUGAAAUUACUGUCAGAUCAGUAUUAUUAAGUAGAUCCCAGCAGGCUCAGCUGAAUACAGAUCUGACCACAUACCUACAAAAGAAUUGUCUCGGAGAUGUCUGUAUAUUGAAUGCCACAGAGUGGGUUAGAGAACACGCUUCUGGCUAUGUCAGCAAAGACACCACACCUUCCCCUGCUCCAGGAAGUACAGUCCAGCCAGUUGACCUCAUUCUCACAAGACUCUGGAUCUACAGCCAUCACAUCUACAACAAAUGCAAAAGAAAGAACAUUCUAGAGUGGGCAAAGGAGCUUUCCCUAUCUGGGUUUAGCAUGCCUGGGAAACCUGGUGUUGUUUGUGUGGAAGGCCCACAAAGUGCCUGUGAAGAAUUCUGGUCAAGACUCAGAAAAUUAAACUGGAAGAGAAUUUUAAUUCGCCAUCGAGAAGACAUUGCUUUUGAUGGUACAACUGAGGAAAUGGAAAGACAAAGAAAAUUUUCAGCUUUUGAAGAGAAAGUAUUCAGUGUUAAUGGAGCCAGAGGAAACCACAUGGACUUUGGUCAACUGUAUCAGUUUUUAAAUGGCAAAGGAUGUGGGGAUGUUUUCCAGAUGUUCUUUGGUGUGGAAGGACAAUGAGCAGAGGAGUAGUUGAAAGUGUUUUGCUGCUGUUGGUCUUUUGACUUUCUCCCCAACUCUUUCUUGAAAGAUUAAGUAAUUUCACUUUAGUCCCAUUCUAAAAUGUUAAGGGGGAAAAAGAGGAAAAGUAGUAUAGCUGAAAUGCAUCUGUUAAAGAUAUUCAUGAUUGAAUGCAGAACUGAGUUUUAUAAUCUUAAAAUUGUUGAUAGACAUGUCUUGACAUAUAAACUACCUAUUUUGAGAGAGAAGUUAAUUAUAUUUGAGGACGAUAGUGUUGGUGAUAACUUGCCACUUAUUUCCAAUCCCCUUCCCCUUUAUCUGCCUCCACUAAGAACCUGGGAAAGUUUAAUGCUCACUCUCUCCAGGCUCUCUUGCAGCUGGGGGUGGGGGCCAGGGAACCUUUGGGGAAACUUUUGCUUCCCUGAUUAAAAUGAUAGAUGCAGCUAGGGCA